GCACUCAAAGAAGAGAGAGGGGUGAGAGUGAGGAGACAGAGGGAUGAGCAACAGAGAGAGAGAGAGAGAGAGAGAAAGAGAGAGUUGCACAAGUGAGCGAGAUAGUAAUGUGCGAGUAGAAAAGACAGAGGGACAGAAAGAGACAGAAGAAAAAGGACAUCUUUUAAACCCGUCUGUCCAGCAGAGGAGAGGACAAUGUGUUUCCUCUCAGAGACCCCCCUGCUACCCUAACUGACCCAAGGCUCAUGAGUCAUAUUGUGGUCAAGGCUAUGGAGAUCCUGGUGUCCUCAUACGUCCUGCUGGUUCUGGCUUCAGUGCACGCAGCCCAAUCUCACAAAGGCUCGCAAGGACUCUCCUGCGUAAAUGACUUUGUCAACAAUGUCAGCUGUACAUGGGACAGCUCUCCAGUGGCUCCUGGUGUGGACUGCUGGAUCGUUGGUGUGAAGACAACCUGGAUCUCUGAGAACUACCGGAGACUACGCGUAAAAAUGAGUCGAUGCUGCAAGCUAAAACAACACAGAAACUCUCUUCCAGGCUGCAGUUUUGUCUUUGAAAAUGAAGAAUUCAACAGUUUUUCAGACAUGCCGUACAUCAGUGUGAAGUGUAACGGGACGUUGGUGGAGAACAUCACAAACUAUUCACCAUACAAUCACAUCAAAAUGCAUCCUCCAGGAGUUCCCAAUGUCAGCAGUACUGCCAAUGAGACCAGGAUAUCAUGGAGUCAAGGCAGUCGUCCCUCUGACUUCUUCACAUCCUUUCACUUCGAAGUUCAGAUCAAAGAGAAAAAACAGACAUGGAACGAGGCCAGGACUUUGUACACACAAGAAGAAGAGCUUAGGAUAUCUGCUUGGAAACUAAAGGGGCACCACGAGGUCAGGGUGCGAGUCAAACCCACUGAACCAGCCAUUUGCCACUGGAGCAACUGGAGUCCAACAACAGCCUGGGUGGGAGCGACAGACAUGGUGGAAACAUCACAGGAUCAUGAGUGGCUUCUGUUUCGGACAUCAUUGGUAAUAUGCGGAGUGAUGUUGAGCUUGGGUCUCAUCAUUGUAAUGCUGGUCGUUUACAGGAGUUGUGCAAGCAGGGGGCUCUUCAAAGGGAAGCCAGUACCAAACCCUUCGAAAUACUUCCACACUCUCCACUCUGUCCAUGGAGGAAAUCUAAAGAAAUGGCUGAAUCCUCUCUCAGCUUCUGAGUCGUUCUUCAUGGCCCCGCCAUGCGACAGCAUCUCCCCGGUUGAUUUGUGCGAAAGCUGGGAUGUGGUCACCUCCACCUCUCCCUCCUCCAGCACCACCAGCGCCCUGCUUCACUUCAGGAGAUACCCCUCGGCUAGCUCAGCCACCAGCGGGGUUGUUGACCAUUUCUCCUACUCCUCUUCAUCCUGCUUUUCUAACAAGGGCUACUUCAUGUCCACCUCCUCCGGGAGCUCAGCUCGAUCUGACCCCAAUCCUGCCUACUUCACCUAUAAUGAUGAUUUCUACAAUCUGCACAACAGCCACAACCUUCACAUCUCCCUCUGCCCUUCGUUCGACAACUCUCUGAGGUCUGAGAGCUUGAAGAGGGAGCCGCAGAGUCCAGACUCUGGCUUUGGCCUCGGAAAGGAAGAUGAAGAAGGCAAGGACGAUAAAAUGGUCGUGGAUGUGGAAGGGAAAGAGGUUUCGAAUGAUCACCAUAGCUCUCCUCUUAUCAUUCUCCCUCUCCAUCUUCCUUCCCGGAUGUGCCCCCCCUCCUCUACUCCACCCCCUCCUAACGCUCCCAGUUUAACUCUGAUACCCUCUGAUAGCGAACAGGAAGAUGUACCUGUGGUGGCUAGUAGUGGCAGCUACGCGGCCUGGCCUAUGGCUGAUGCCAUGUGCAGGUCUUCCUCCAUGCCUGUGGAGCCCUGUAAAACAGGGUAUCUGACCCUCAAAGAGCUCCAGACAACAUUCAGCAAUAAAUCCAUCUAAAAACGUACCUGGAAGAAUCCCUGUGCGAUCAUUUUAAAAUGGAAUGUGUUUGCAUAACUAGCGACCUGAUUGUUUAUUCUAAUCUGAUUGCGAAAGUGAGUAUCUCUGACACAACAGCGUUGUGCAGUUUUGACAAAGAAAAAGAAAUGCAUUCAUGCAAAUUCAAUGAUUUUCAAGCUUCAAACUUGCAGUGAUUCGUCAGUUGGUCACAUGGGGGCAGCAGAACAAGACUGGGCUAUAUUAGCAUUCCUUUUGAGUCGUGUUUCUGGCCACUUGAUUAAUGUAAAUCCAAUAUUAAUUCACUUUUUGUUGCAUUUUUGCUGAAAAAAAGCAAACAACGUUAAUAAAAGCAGUGAGAGUGAACCAAAACAGUAAAGUUGUGGAGCUGGAAAUCUGCAGGGUCGGGUGAUAAUUCUGUGCUGGUACAACGCAAUAAAAGACGUUCCACAUUACACAGUCUUUUGAUAAAAAAAAUGAUUGGAGCAGCUUUUAAAUGAACUUAUAAAAACUGACAUUGUUCUGUCAUUGUUGCUAUAUUCACUCCAAAUCAACAUUUGAUUGACUUUGCUUACUAAGAACAAUAGGAAUUUGUCUUCAUGAGAUUGGUGUAAAUGAAGAGUUCCGAGGGACGGUCUGCCACAGCAGGUUCAAGAACAACCUGACUUUAAAAGAACAACCUGACUUUGAAUCCAAUGUGAAGGGAUAGAGCCAGAUAUUAGGGCUGGGUGUAUUGAUCUAAAUAUCGAUAGUAUCGAUACCAAGAUGAGUAUUGGUAUCGGAUCGAUACUGUCGUGAUGAGAUCGAUACCUCUCUCUCUCUCUCUCUCUCUCUCUCUCUCUCUCUCUGCCUCCUCCCCCUCCCUGCUCUGCAGGCAGAGAGUGAAGAGUCAGAACAGUGAGAGAAGCCCAUGAUGAUGGCGGAAAGAAAGCGAAGCGCUGUGUGGAGUUUAUUCACUCUGAUACGGACACUGCCACAUGUGAUGUGUGCAAAAAAAGUAAUUUGCCACUGUGGUAACACCACCAAUUUGCAUAAACACAUUAAGCAGUUCACCCGAGAGAGAACUCCGAGCUGCAAAAAAAGUUGAGGAAGGAGGAGGAGGGGGGAGAAACCCAAAGAAGAAAGGAUCUUUGUCCUGUGUUUUAUCAUAAUCAUAAUCAACUAACUAAAGGCAAAAUCACAAAAUUAUUCAAUGAUCGUGACGUUACAAGUAAAAAGUAUCGGUAUCGGCCAUACCAGCCCUGUAUUUACUUGGUAUCGGAUCGAUACCAAAAUUCCCAGAAUCGCCCACCCCUACCAGAUAUAUGAGGGCGAGUAAAAAUCAACCAGUUUGGCGCCUGGGUAGCUCACCUGGUAGAGCCCGCGCCCAUAUACAGUACAGAGGCUCAGUCCUUGGCGUGGCAGCCGCAGGUUCGAUAUGGACCUGCUGCGGCCCUUUGCUUCAUGUCAUUCGCCCUCUCUCUACGCUUUCAUGUGCUGUCACAAAUGAAGGCCCAAAAUGCCAAAAGAAAUAAUCUUUAAAAAAUCAACCAGUUGUGUAUACUGUUGUAGAAUGGUGUAUGGUACCUAAUUGUUGAAUGUGUACAAUACUAUACGUUGAACUUUUUUUUCAUUGGCUUUAUUUGCAUUAGUGUUUAAAUAGAUAUUAAACAUUGCACGAAUCAGAGCGUGAAAGUAGACAUUACUUUAAACUAAAUGCUACUGUCCGUUAUUAAUGACUGACACAGUUUUGUAGUUUGCUUUUUAUUACUUUAACUUAAAUCCUACAAAGACAUUACAUUGUAAGAGCUCUUUAAAUCUACAAAUAUUAUCGCAAAAUAAAAAAUUCUUCAUUCCUGCAGGCAGAUCUGGGAUUUUUUUAAGCAGCAAAACGUGAUUUAAAUGUGUUUUGAUUAUGUAAAUAGUGAUACAUUUUUUUUAAUGAAGAACGUAUGAGCAUCACUUUAGAGUCGCAUCAUGCAAAAAGACAUAUUUGUCGAAUAUGACAUCUGUACUGGCUCGCAUGACUCAAGCUGUUGAAUACAUUAAAUGAAUAGAUUUUAGUCUGUACUUAUCUACUGUCAAAAUGAAAGGCAGCUGGUUUGUCAUUUGUUUGUACAUCUUUAUAAAGGAUUUCAUGCUGUUUAAGAGAUCAAAUCAACUCCUAAUUAAUCAUCAUUAAUCAUGUUUCCACCUGGUAAAGUUUACUAUCUACAAUAAAUAAAAGAUCUUUGUGUGUACAAGCAUUGGUAUCAUAUUUAUUAGAUUGCUAUUUCUAGAUUCAUGUAAAUCAUUGAGGUCAGUGGUAAAUGCUGGUGCUCUUUUCGCCACACAUGCAGUUUAUUUCCGUUGCACUCAGUGACAUCUGUGCAGAGACCAAACAAAAUAAAACUUCUGGUAAAAAUGG